UACUCCAACCUGUAAAUAUAUAAAACAUAAAACUGUGAUCACAUAUCCUACGAGCCCAGUUCUUAUAUUUAUCAAAAAUUUAAAUAACAAGUCUUCUAAAAUUGACACAGCUUAAUUUAUACAACAAAAUAUUUUAAAUUAAUUAUUAAUUUUAUUAUGAUAUAUUAGUAAUUAAAUAUAAUUAUAAGUAAUUAAUUUUUUAUCACGUGACAAGUUAAAUAAAAGUGAAAGUUUUUUUUUGACAAAAGUAACAAAUGACAAAUAUGGAGCCAUUAAUAAAUAAUGAAUCAAAAGAUUGGAGAAAAUUAAUAAUAAAUCAAUUGAGAAGUAGAAAUAAAUCACAGACUCGUUGUUUUGCUGAGCUUAUUAAUUUACACAACCGAUUGUUUGAGAGCACAAAUACAUUGAGAGGCGAGAAUUUGCAGCUGACUGUCGCGAUUGAGAAGUUAAAGUGCGAGGUCGUGGGUACUGGGACUGGAACUGGAGCAAAUGCGGCUUUGGAGGCGAAACUGUUGGCUCAGGCCGAGGAACUGACGAUGUUGCACCGAAGACGGGGGGAACAUACCCAGCAAAUUGUGGAUUUGAAUAAUAAAAUGCGGGAAAUGACGAAAGAUCUCGCGAGUAAGGAGUCAAGUUUAGCAGAGAGCCUGGAAUUAAACACAUCUCUGAGAGCUGAAUUGAAUGCAUGUGUGAAUAGAGAACGUGAAUUAGCUGAAGCGAAUCAGAUGCUACGAGACGAGUACCAAGCCUUACAAUUAGCGUUCGCUGCACUGGAAGAAAAAUUACGUAAAGCUCAGGAAGAAAACCGAACGUUAGUCGAGCGUUUGAUAAAAUGCAAAACAAAAGAUGCCGAAAAAAUGAAUGAAGAGAACGAUAAUUUUCUGAACGAGGGAUUUACCAGUCCGACAACAUUUUUCAGACAAAAAAUAUAUAAAUUUGGAAAACGACAGGCUAAAGUACAAAAAGAUCUAGAAGAUGCUGCCCGCGACACUAGAGCAAUAAGCCCAGACAGAACGAGUUUGAAAGAGGGAAUCCCCGGACUACCAACUGCAGUACCGACAGAGGUCACAGUUAAAUUUAGUGCUCAUGAUGGUGAAGUUAGUGCUGUUAAAUGGUCUCCAGUUGACAGGAUAUUGGCUACUGGUGGUGCUGAUAGAAAAGUUAAACUUUGGGAUAUUUCAAAAGGAACCUUCGAAAGCAAAGGAAUGUUGACUGGCAGUAACGCGAGCGUAAUGUCAGUAGAUUUUGACUCUACGGGGACUCUGAUUCUCGGCGCGUCAAACGACUUUGCAAGCCGCGUCUGGUCUGUCAACGAUCUACGUCUAAGGCAUACACUGACUGGACACUGUGCUAAAGUCCUGGCAGCUAAAUUUCUGGGAGAGCCUUCAAAAGUCGUCACCGGUAGUCAUGAUCGGACGCUCAAAAUUUGGGAUUUACGUAGCCGAGCAUGCAUUGAAACUAAAUUUGCUGGUUCGAGUUGCAAUGACCUCGUGACAUCUGACGGCGCUGGAUCUACCAUAAUCAGCGGUCACUUUGACAAGAGAAUCAGAUUUUGGGAUACCAGAGCCGAGUCCAGCUCCAAUGACAUUUUACUACAGGGAAAGGUCACCUCUCUGGAUCUUUCAAGAGACGCCAAUUAUUUAUUGAGUUGCGUGCGAGACGAUACGGUCAAGCUGCUUGAUCUACGUAUGAAACAAAUUGUUGGAUCAUUCAGCGCGGAUGGAUUCAAAGUUGGCUGCGAUUGGGCCAGAGCAACAUUUAGCCCAGAUGGUCAAUACAUCGCGGUUGGAUCAGCUGAUGGAAGUGUUUUUAUUUGGAAUGUCAUCACUAAUAAAAUUGAAACGAUACUGCGGGAUCAUACAAUUGCGGUGACAGCAGUAGCCUGGCAGCCUCAUGGAACAUAUCUGGCAUCUGUGGACCGAGCAAAAAUGGCAACUGUUUGGGGUGACCAUGUCUGAUGCCAGAUUAUUCAACUUUACUCACUAAAAAAAAUAUCCACUUGUUAUUUUUUUCCCUCUUUUUUAUACAACAGUCAUAUACAUCACUCGGUCCGUUUACACUUAUACAUAAAUAUGAAUAUAUAAAUAUAUAUAUAUUUUUCGCGUGUUUUUGUGAUAGUUUUCUGGUAUGAGAUUUUAUGCAAUCUUGUCAGUUUAAGUAUUGGUGACUAUGAGAUACUAGAUACUAGUUUUUUUUUUUUAAUAAUAAGCAGACAAACUAAUUUUACUCAGGUUGGGUUACUAACAAUAAAUGGUUAUAAUAAUUAUUAUUAUUAUUAUAAUUAUAAUUUUCUACGUAAUUUUUUUUUUUUU